UAUCAAUCAAAUCCAAUCAAAUCAUAUACGUUAUUUUACAACAUAUACAAAGUAAUAAAAAAACACAAUCUAUCUUUUAAACCUAAGAAAAUGAAGUUAAUAAUAAGCUAACAGCGCCAAUAUUGUCAAAAUCAAACUUUUAACUAUGGAGAUAAUAUUUACAGCCGUCAGUAAAGCGUACAGCGUAAUGAAAUGAAGUUCAGUGCCCCAGACCAUCACAGAACACAGCCCAGUAAAUAAAUGCCAUAAUCCGAUGUUGCCUAGCAACAUAAUGUAUACAACAAAUACAAAUAGAUGGACAGGGUCACCAAGCGCAAUUUGAUUUUUAAACAAUUGUAAAUAACAAAUACUGAUUAAAUAAAAGUUCAUACUUACCAUAUAUGAGAGUAGUAUGGUCAAUGUUGAAUACAGAAUGAAUUCAGUGAUAAUGAAAAUAUAAAUAAAUACAAAAAUAUGACUCCCAAAUUAUUAUACACAAUAGAGCAGCCCCAUGGCUUGGGCGAGCUAUACUUCCUUUGGCAAAAAGGUGAAUCCCACACACUGCUGGCUACAACAGGUACAGAUGCUACAGUAGCCAUCCAUGAUCGUGGUGGGCAAUUGCUAGAAAGAAUGAAGCUACCAGGACUCUGUUCAGGCAUGGAAUGGGACAACGAUGGAGAUUACUUGGCAAUAAUAACUCCAAAUAGUAAUACAGUGCUUCUAUGGGAAUGCCAUGCUAACAAACGUUUGAACAUAGAAACUGGCCUCCGUGAACCGCCAUCUUGUUUAGCCUGGUCAUAUGGGGAGCCUUUAUUGGCUAUUGGGACACAGAAAGGGAACUUGGCACUAUAUAAUCAUCAUACUACAAAACGGAUACCCAUAAUUGGCAAGCACACAAAGAAGAUCACUUGCGCUGCGUGGAACAGAGACAGCAUAUUGGUACUAGCAUCUGAUGAUAAGAAUCUAUCCAUCAAUAAUUCUGACGGCGAUACCCUGAGGAUGAUCUCGCUGCGAGACGUCCCCAAUGAUCUACAGUUCUCCGAGAUGAAAACUGAUGAAAGGGUUGCCGGAGAAAAUACGGUAAGCCUAGUCGUCGCUAAACGGACUUUAUACCUAUACAAUCUCCUGAACCCGGAGAAUCCGAUAGAGCUGGCGUUUCAGCAGCGUUACGGCAGUAUAGUCUCGUACAAAUGGUACGGGGACGGGUACAUUCUCAUUGGCUUCAGCGCCGGGUACAUCAUAUCAAUAUCUACCCAUAUAAAGGAGGUGGGCGAGGAACUUUUCCAAGUUAAAAACCAUAAGGACAGUUUGACUGAGGUCGCUGUUUACAAUGGACAAGCGGCCUCGUGUGGGGAUGGACAAUUGAAGCUAAUAUCGGUGUGGAACAGCGGCGAGGUGUCGGGCUCGGUGCUGCCGGUGGGCGGGGCGGAGCGUUGCGGCUGGAGUGCGGACGGGCGGCUGCUGGCCACGUCGGGGCGGGGCUACCUCAGCGUGUACGUCACCAGCUUGCCGCCGCUGUACGCCGCGCACGGGACUCGCCUCGUCACCCUGACCAGCCUCACCGAGCUCACCGUGCACCAGUGCAUCGCCGUGGGCGACGAGCCGGAGCCCCUCAAUAAGUCGGAACCAACGGCGUUAGCAACGUACAACUUGCCAACGGAGCCCAGCGUCAUAGGUCUCGGAGCGUCCCACGUGUGCGUUGUCAGCGGGCAGAUAGGCUCCUUCUACCCCCUGGGGGGCGGGCCCGCGUUGCGGCGUCACUACCCGGCGGCAGUGGACACGUUGCGAGUGUCCGGGCAAUACGCCGCCGUGACGUACCAGGGGAGGGCUAUGUUGCAUUCGAUCGAAAAGCCAGAUACAAACGAACCAGAACGUGAGGCAAUGUUGUUCCCGGAGCCUCACAUGCAAGGAGCUAAAAUAGUUGACAUUCAUCUCACCAGUGACUUCUUUAUAUUCGUCACAGAACAAGGGCACAUAGAAUACUUCGGUCUGGAGGAAUGGCGGACGUGCUCCCGCUACCGCCACGCGUGCGGCGCAGUAGCGUUGCACUGCGACAUCAGCGGCGCGCGCGCAUUGCUGCUCGACGAGCGACGCCGCGCACACGUGUACUGCGCGCCCGCCGCAGAAAUAUGCACCAUAUCAGAUCAGCUUACUGUCAAAAGUGCAAUAUGGGACAUAUGUCUGUCGGACCGCAACGUGUUCGCGGUGUACACGGGCGACGCGGUCAGGACGUACUACUACUCGCCGGCGUCCAUCGCGGGCACGCACGUGGACUUCGUAGCUAGUACUAGCGUGUUGCCGGACCAGAUCCCGCUCAUACUUUUCUCUGGAGAUGUGCAUUACUAUGCUAGUGGCGGCAGUGUAGUGAAGAUAGCUCUCGACUCGCACAGCACUAGUGGCCUGGCGGACGCGGACACAGAGAAGCGUCUCGCGAAUCAACGGAAGCAUAUCGAGAAACUACUGCUUCUGCGGCGCUUCUCCGAAGCGUGGCUGUUCUGCGACGCGGUGGACGAGCCCGACAUGUGGAGGAAACUCGGCGAAGCGGCGAUCACUGAACUCAAUGUGGAAUUUGCAAUUCGAGUUUAUACCCGAUUGAGCGACGUCGCCAUGGUAUGGGCUCUUGAAGACGCCUCGAAUAUAGAAGAGUUGUCAAUUUUGAGCGGUAUGCUCUGCGCUUGUCUGGACAAGGGCGACGCAGCGGCGCGCUGGCUAGAGAGCGGCAACAGCACGUACGCGUUGGACUUGCACGCCGCGCGGGGCGAUUGGGCGCGGGCGGCAGACAUCGCCGCCGUGUCCUGUCCGAGCAAAGCCCCCGCCAUCACCCUGCACCAGGCAACACACAUGGAACUAACAGCUGACUAUCACGAGGCACUGGCGAACUAUGAAAGAAGUAUGAUAACCGAAAACACCAACGACGUCAAGGUCAAAGAACACAACGCUAAAUGCGAGGCCGGUAUCGCCCGGAUGUCAAUACGGUGCGGUGACGUCAUGCGAGGGGUCACGACGGCCAUGAAAUACUCCCACGACAUAAACCUCCUAAAAGAUUGUGCGCAAUUGCUCGAAGAAGAAAAACAGUACAGUCACGCAGCGGCGUUGUACGAUCACGCAGGGAACACAGAAAAAGCCGCCUCUUUAUACAUUAAACUUAAGUCGUGGCUGAAAGUUGAGUCUCUUAUCCCGAAAAUAAGCUCACCAAGCAUCCAUCUCCAAUACGCCAAAGCUAAAGAAGCCGAAGGCAGAUACACUGAUGCGCUCAAAUCAUAUCUGAAGGCUCAGGACUUCGAAUCAGCUAUAAGACUUAAUUUAGACAAGUUAGACGAUAUAGACGAAGCUGUUAACUUAGUGCAAGAAACCAAAUCCGUCCAAGGGGCGAAAAUGGUCGCGAACUAUUUCCAAAACAGUGACGAUCCCACUUCUGCGAUAAAAUUCUUGGUCAUGUCUCUAUGUUAUGACGAGGCGUUUCAGCUUGCGAGGAAAAAUGGCAAGCUGCAUUUGUAUGGAGAGAUCUUGAUACAGACUUCCCAAGCUAGGUCGGAGGAUUUUAAAAGUCUCGCUCUACAUUUUGAAGGGGAGAAGAACUAUUUGUUGGCUGGGAAGUUCUACUUUCAUGCCGGGGAGUAUAAUAAGGCCAUGACUUAUUUGUUGAAAGCGGGCAGCUCGGACAGCGAUGAGAACGAGGCCAUCACGACAGCCAUAGACGCAGCUGCGGCUAGUGACGACGAGCGAUUGACUAGGAGGUUGAUAGAAUUCCUCUUGGGAGAGACAGAUGGCAAUCCUCGAGAUCCACGUCAUUUGUUCCGAUUGUACAUGGCGAAGAAACAGUUUAUGGAGGCCGCCAAAACUGCCGUCAUAAUAGCGGGCGCGGAAUGUUCUGCCGGGCGGUAUCGCGAAGCUCGGGACGUGGCGCGAGGACUGUGCGGAGCGCUGCGUGCGCGGGGAGUUCCCGUACCGAGGGAUCUCAUGAGAGCGACCGUUCUGCUGCAUUCAUAUAUACUGGUGCGAACUCACGUGAAGCGAGGGCGCCACGAUCUCGCAGCGAGGCUUUUGCUGCGCACGGCUGCUGAAGUCUCAUUUUUCCCGACGCAGCAACAUCAAGUGUCGAUCCUGACAUCGACGGUGAUCGAGUGCGGGCGCGCGGGCUUGCGCCACCAAGCCCACCAGUGGGCGCGCGCUCUAAUGCAGCCGGAGUACCGGGAGCAGAUCGAUCCCAAAUAUGUGAAGAAGAUCGAGUCUGUAGUGCGUCACCCGCCACGCGACAACGCGCCGUCUGAGCCCGCCACGCCGUGCCCGCAGUGCGGCGCGGACUUGCCCAUCGCCGAGCUCACUUGCGCCCGGUGUGAAGCCGACGUGCCCUUCUGUCUUGCUACGGGUCUGCACAUAGUCAAGGAUGAUUUAACGGCUUGCCCUGAGUGUGAUUUUCCCGCCAUUUUGUCUGAAUUCAAAGAAAUUCUACGCGAGAAAGGAAAAUGUCCGAUGUGCGGUGAAACCGUGGAUUAUCGAAGACUUAGCAAAGUAGAUGAUGUGACUUUAUAUUUGGACUUUAAGCCCAGCGAAUAAGGUGCAUUUUUAAAUGUCUUUAAGUGUAACCGAUGUGAUUACUAUCCGUCCUUCUACUGAUAAGAUCACUACUGUAAUUGCCUUAAUUUUAGUCUUAAUCUAUAAGGAAGUCGAGUUUAUCAGCUACUUAUGUUUGGCGAUAAGCAUAAGAAAUUUUCACGAGUUAGUAAUUUAUUUUACUAAAUAAAUGGAUA